ACGUCACUGAAAAUCAAUACCCUAAGUCGGACAAUCUUUACACUUUCACAUCCCCCGGCAGCUCCAACCGCGGAACAGAAAGCAGCCUCCUCUGUUGAAAGGAUGCCGGCGAAGGAUACCUGCUUUGACAAGGAGAAGAGCUUGGAGCUCUUCCUCCGCAUUGGAUUGGACGAUCGAACUGCCAAGAACACCGUCGCCAACAACAAGGUCACCACCAAUCUCACUGCUGUCAUCCACGAGGCUGGUGUAACUGAUGGAUGCAGCCGGGCUGUUGGAAAUCUCCUAUACACAGUUGCCACAAAGUACCCAACAAAUUCCCUUGUGCAUCGCCCAACCUUAGUAGAGUACGUAGUUUCAUCAAAGAUUAAAACCCCAGCUCAGUUAGAAGCGGCAUUUUCAUUUUUUGCCACCUUGGGGCCGGAGAAUUUUAAGUUAAAUGAAUUUGAAGAAGCUUGUGGUGUUGGUGUUGAGGUUUCAGUGGAAGAAAUUGGAAAUACUGUCAAUGAUGUUUUUGAAGAGAAUAAGAAUGCCAUUUUGGAGGAACGUUACCGAACAAAUGUGGGUGAUUUGUUUGCACAUGUUCGGAAGAGGCAACCAUGGGCUGAUCCAAAAAUUGUCAAGCAACUUAUUGACUCGAAACUGUAUGAAUUGCUUGGGGAAAGAACUGCAGCGGAUAAUGAAAAGGUUCCCAAAAAGAAGAAAGAGAAGCCUGCUAAAGUUGAGGAUAAAAGCGCUAUUGUUUCUGCUCCAGAACAUCCAUCUGAAGAAGAUAUUAAUCCAUUUUCCAUAUUCCCCCAGCCUGAGGAAAAUUUAAAGGUUCACACUGAAGUUUUCUUUAGUGACGGGUCUAUCCUAAGAUGUUGCAAUACAAAGGAACUGCUUGAGAAACACUUGAAAGUAACAGGAGGGAAAGUUUUAACUCGCUUUCCUCCUGAACCAAACGGUUAUCUACAUAUAGGUCAUGCCAAGGCAAUGUUUGUUGACUUUGGCCUGGCUAAAGAUAGAGGUGGACAAUGCUACUUAAGGUUUGAUGAUACAAAUCCUGAUGCUGAAAAGAAAGAAUAUAUUGAUCAUAUUAAGGAUAUUGUCCAUUGGAUGGGUUGGGAGCCCUUCAAGAUCACAUAUACCAGUGAUUACUUUCAAGAUCUGUAUGACUUGGCUGUGGAGCUCAUUCGAAGGGGUCAUGCUUAUGUUGAUCAUCAGACACCUGAUGAGAUAAUGGGUUAUAGAGAAAAAAAGAUGAACAGUCCUUGGAGAGACAGGCCGAUUGCUGAAUCGUUGAAACUUUUUGAGGAUAUGAAACGGGGUCUUAUUGAAGAAGGAAAAGCAACGCUUAGGAUGAAGCAAGACAUGCAGAGUGAUAAUUUUAACAUGUAUGACCUUAUCGCAUAUCGAAUCAAGUUUACUCCUCAUCCACAUGUUGGAGACAAGUGGUGUAUCUACCCAAGUUAUGAUUAUGCUCACUGUAUUGUGGAUUCCCUUGAGAAUAUCACACAUUCGCUGUGUACACUUGAAUUCGAGACACGGCGUGCUUCAUACUAUUGGUUAUUGCAUGCACUCGGGCUUUACCAGCCAUAUGUGUGGGAAUAUUCACGAUUGAAUAUCAGCAAUACUGUCAUGUCCAAGCGUAAGUUAAAUCGACUAGUGACAGAAAAGUGGGUUGACGGUUGGGACGAUCCUCGCCUCAUGACACUUGCUGGCUUAAAGCGUAGGGGUGUGACUUCCACUGCGAUGAAUGCUUUUGUUAGAGGAAUUGGAAUCACUAGAAGUGAUUGUAGUAUGAUACGCGUGGAUCGCCUAGAGUAUCACGUAAGAGAAGAACUAAACAAAACUUCUUCUCGCACAAUGGUUGUGCUCCAUCCACUCAAGGUUGUUAUUACGAAUUUAGAAGCUGGCACUACAAUGGAUCUUGAUGCUAGGAAAUGGCCUGAUGCUCCAACUGAUGAUGUUUCAGCUUUCUACAAGUUGCCCUUCUCCAAUGUAAUAUAUAUCGAGCAGUCUGAUUUUCGGAUGAAAGAUACAAAAGAUUAUUAUGGGCUUGCUCCGGGUAAAUCUGUACUACUCAGAUACGCAUUUCCCAUUAAGUGCACUGAUGUUAUCUUCGAUGGUGACAAGGAAACUGUUCUCGAAAUCCGUGCUGAGUAUGAUCCUUCCAAGAAGACAAAGCCAAAGGGUGUCCUUCAUUGGGUUGCAGAACCUUCUCCAAGGGUUGAUCCACUGAAGGUGGAAGUUAGAUUGUUCGACAAACUGUUUCUCUCCGAGAAUCCUGCGGACCUUGAUGACUGGCUUGCUGACCUGAACCCACAAUCCAAGUUGGUUAUACCCAAUGCAUAUGCUGUGCCCACACUUCGCAAUGCCACUACUGGUGAUAGUUUUCAGUUUGAAAGACUUGGCUAUUUUGUGGUUGACAAAGAUUCAACUCCUGAAAAGCUGGUCUUUAAUCGGACAGUAAGACUGCGAGACAGCUACAGUAAGGGUGGGAAAUAGGUUCAUGCCAUGGACGAGUAAAAUGGACGGAGGCAAGUAGAAACGUAUCUUGUGUUUUGUGUUGGAAUUCUUUUUAUACACCGCAAUCAUUGUAAAAACAUUUUAAUAGACAUUGGCCGCGGAAGUUGAGUGAAAAAUUUAUCUGUUAAAUUAUGUGGAAAAGCUAAUUUAAAAUGUUGUUCAUUUUAUUUUAUUUUUUAUGCUUCACAUUGGCCUGUCUCGCAGUCUCGCAGAUACC